UUCUUUUUUUUUUUAAUUCUCCACAGACAAAUUAUUUUCUUCGCGGGGGAAAAUAUUUUAACGAAUCAGAAACAAAACCUUAUCCAAACCUUUAAAAAUGCCACUGGCGAUCUCUCUCCCAACCUCAUCUCCUCCUCCUCAUCUCUCCCCUCGCCGUCAUGCAAAUCUCCGAUACCGACGCGUCUCCGUAGCUCGAUCUUCCACCCAAGAGAACCAGACCGGCGUCAUCAUCGUCGGCGCCGGACUCGCCGGCUUAGCCGCCGCCACUCGCCUCGCCUCCCAACGAAUCCCUUUCCUGCUCCUCGAAGCUUCCGACGGCGUCGGCGGCCGCGUCCGCACAGACAUCGUCGACGGAUUCUUCCUCGACAGAGGGUUUCAGAUUUUCAUCACCGCGUACCCCGAAGCCAAGAAGCUUCUCGAUUACGAGGCCCUUGAUCUGCAGAGAUUCUACGCCGGAGCUAAGGUUUUCUACGGCGGGGAGUUUCACACGGUGGCCGAUCCUCUCCGUCAUUUAUUAGACUCAGUGGCGUCUCUAACAAACCCGAUCGGAUCCGUUGUUGACAAGGGGCUCAUCGCGUUGACGAGAGCUAGGGUUCUGAUUAAAUCGGACGAAGAGAUAUUGACUAGCGCCGAAGAAGUUCCGACUAUUGAUCUCCUCCGGGGCAUCGGUUUCUCCGAUGAGAUUCUCGAUCGGUUUUUCCGGCCGUUCUUCGGCGGGAUUUUCUUUGACAGAGACCUCGAAACGACGUCGAAGCUAUUCGAUUUUAUUUUCAGGUGUCUUGCUCUCGGAGAAAACACGCUUCCCUCCAUGGGGAUCGGAGAGAUCCCUAACCAGUUGGCGGCGAAACUACCCGCUGAUUCUAUCUUGAUGAACACUAGGGUCGCUUCGUUGGAGUAUCCAAACGGGUCGGAUUCGGGUCCGCCUAUAGUGAGACUCCAAGACGGCGGCGUUUUGAAUGCAGAGUUAGGUGUUGUACUCGCCGUCGAGCAACCCCAAGUGGAUAAGCUUCUGAGCGGUAUUAGAGAACCGGUUAUUACUAAACCGGCUCGGAGCACUGUUUGCAUUUACUUUACAGCUGAACCGGAUCAGAUACCGGUGCAAGAUCCGGUUCUGUUUCUCAACGGGACGAACACCGGUAUCAUCAACAACAUGUUUUUUCCUACAAACGUUGCUCGGACAUACGCGCCGCCGGGAAAGGCUCUGGUUUCGGUAUCAUUGAUCGGUUCGUUCGAGGAUAGAUCCGAUGAUGAUUUAGCAGCAGAGGUUCUCAGAGAACUCUCUGGUUGGUUCGGUGAGUCUUUAGUUACGUCAUGGAGACAUUUGAGAACAUACCGGAUCCAAUUUGCUCAACCGAACCAGUGCCCACCCACUGAGUUGGUUAAGAAUCCUCGUGUUGGGUCGGGUCUUUACUUAUGCGGUGAUUACAUGACUUCUGCUACGUUUGACGGUGCUUUGUUCUCUGGGAGACGAGCUGCGGAAGCUUUGUUACUAGAAAAGGGACUAGUUUGAGCUCUCUAAUUGAAUCUGUUGCUUUUGUUUAUUUUCAUGAUUCUUUUUGUAACCAUAGUCAUGCCUUGCUGUAGUAUGCAUCCUUUAAAAUCAUAUGUAUACUAGUGUCAACUGGUUCGUCUGAA